AUGUCCCCGCCGGGUGUUUGCUGGGUCAACGGUAAAAAACCUGUUUGCCAAGCCUUGUUCAAACAGGGCAUAACCUGGUUACUGAUAGUUGUUCCAUCGACCAGGACACCAGCUGUUAUGCUUUCUUUAGUCCAUCGUGUCAGUCGUUGCGUUUCCACACGUUUGAUUCGUCGCAACUACUUCUGUAGUUCGUCUAUAAACGCUGCAGAACCAGGAAAGUCGUCGCUCAGAGACCCACUCCCAUUAGCAGCGGUCCCGCAACAGACUGGGAAGUCUUUCAUAGAAGACAAAGAAACUAGGAUAACGACCCUAGAAAAUGGUCUACGUAUCGCAUCACAAGACAGAUUUGGGGCGCAGUGCGCCAUAGGAGUUAUUCUAGAUGCCGGUCCUCGUUAUGAGGUAGACCGGUACAGCGGAAUAUCUCACUAUUUGGAGAAACUGGCAUUUCACUCAUCGGACCACUUCAAAGACAGAAACGAUGUUCAGAACGCAAUGGAGCAAUGCAGUGCGGUGUUCGAUUGCCAAAUCUCAAGGGAUUUUAUUAUUUAUGCCGUCUCCGGACUCAGCGCUCACAUGGAUCGUAUGGUCAGUGUGCUUUCCGAAACCGUGCUCAGGCCCCGAAUCACUGAAGAUGAGGUUCAGAUGGCCGACCGGAGUGUCCGGUUCGAAAUGCAAGCUCUUCAGCGCGCACCUCCAGUUGAACCGAUCAUGAAUGAGCUCCUACACUCCGCAGCCUACCGAGGUGACAACACUUUGGGACUACCCCGGUACUGUCCGGAGCAAAACUUCGGUCAGAUCACCCGUGAUCACAUUAUCAGUUUCAUAGCCACCUAUUACAGGCCAGAGCGGAUGGUGAUUGCUGGUGCGGGAGUCCCACAUGAUGCGUUUGUGACUGCUGUCGAAAAAGCUUUCGUUCCAUUUGAGCAUUCUCUGCGUCAAGAAUCUGCCGCGCAAAACCCCGCGGAACCGGAUUCCUCGGUAGCCCAGUACAUGGGCGGUUACGUCAAGAUUCACCGUGACCUAUCUCAAUAUCACGCGCCAAUGCCCGAACUUGCCCAUGCAGCGAUUGGAUUUGAGUCGUGUGCUCACGGUGACCCGCACUUUGUUCCCGCUUGCGUCCUUCAGUCACUUCUUGGAGGCGGUGGCUCCUUCUCUGCCGGCGGUCCUGGAAAAGGGAUGUACUCCCGGCUAUACCUAAACGUAUUAAAUCGCUACCACUGGGUCCACUCAGCUCAGGCAGAGAAUUUCUCGUACGCAGACAGCGGUCUGUUCAGUAUCCGGGGUAGUGCAGAACCCGAAAAUCUCGAACAGCUAGUCUUCAGGCUCGCUGCAGAAAUGCGCCACACUCUUGAAGCUCCGAUUGGCGAAGACGAACUAGCGCGGGCCAAGGCUCAGCUCAAGUCAAUGCUCUUGGGCAACCUAGAAACAUGUGCGGUUGUGUUUGAAGAUAUUGCCCGUCAGGUGCUCUCAAGUGGUCACCGGCCACAACCCGAAUAUUGGGUUGAAAAUAUUGACAAAGUCACAGCAGAAGACCUGAAGGAUUUCCUACACCGUAUGUUUUACCGCACUCCCGCCACGGUAGUUGGGUUCGGUCGCGUUGAUCGACUUCCUGAGCACAAGGAAGUGUUGCAGAUACUGGGCGGGUCUCAGGACAUUCCACUUUCGCAGCGCCUUCCAGGAAUAUUCAAACAAUUUAUUUAGAUUAUUUCGAGUUUUUAUGGCAUACAUCUGUGUCCAUGUACAGUCUUGGACGCCAAUCGCCUGGUGUGAAAAGCUUACCGUCAGUCAUGAUAUGCUAUGUACAGUCGCUCCCCAAUUGUGGGUAAAUGUG